CGGGAUCGCUGGCCGCUUUGGUUAAUGUCCGCCAUGUUUGCCAUGGCGCAGGGAGCGGAUCGAGCGAGCCCGGCGCGGAUCUAGGGCUGCGGGGCGUGCGCUGUGAGCUACGGGCGGCCCCGCGGAGAGCUGUUCCGGGGCGGCGGGACCCUCCAUGGUGGUGCGGGCCGGGUGCGGGAGCGGCUGGGAGGCGGCGGCGAGGCCGCACUGAAGGCCCCCCCGCCCGCCCGGCCCCGGGGUGUUAUUGUGAGGGGGAGACAAUGAGCAAACUCUCCUUCCGAGCCCGGGCGCUAGACGCCGCCAAACCGCUGCCCAUCUACCGCGGCAAGGACAUGCCCGACCUCAACGACUGCGUCUCUAUCAACCGGGCUGUGCCGCAGAUGCCCACGGGGAUGGAGAAAGAGGAGGAAUCGGAACAUCAUUUGCAGCGGGCUAUCUCAGCACAACAAGUUUUCAGAGAAAAGAAAGAGAGCAUGGUUAUCCCAGUCCCUGAAGCGGAGAGCAAUGUCAACUAUUACAAUCGUUUGUAUAAAGGAGAGUUUAAGCAACCAAAGCAGUUCAUUCACAUUCAACCUUUUAAUCUGGACAAUGAGCAGCCAGAUUAUGAUAUGGACUCGGAGGAUGAAACCUUACUGAACAGACUAAAUCGGAAGAUGGAAAUCAAGCCGCUGCAGUUUGAAAUAAUGGUUGACAGACUCGAAAAAGCCAGUUCUAGUCAGCUUGUAACACUUCAGGAAGCUAAAUUGCUGCUAAAUGAGGAUGACUACCUUAUUAAGGCUGUAUAUGACUACUGGGUAAGAAAGCGUAAGAAUUGCAGAGGGCCAUCUCUCAUCCCCCAAAUCAAACAAGAGAAGAGGGAUGGCUCCACCAACAAUGACCCUUACGUUGCCUUCCGGAGGAGAACUGAGAAGAUGCAGACAAGAAAGAAUCGAAAGAAUGAUGAAGCAUCUUAUGAGAAGAUGUUGAAAUUAAGAAGAGAGUUUAGCAGAGCCAUAACAAUUUUGGAGAUGAUUAAGAGAAGAGAGAAAACGAAACGGGAGCUAUUGCAUUUAACAUUAGAAGUUGUUGAGAAAAGGUACCAUUUGGGCGAUUAUGGAGGUGAAAUCCUCAAUGAAGUGAAGCUUAAUAGACCUGAAAAAGAGAUGAGCACAACUCCAUCCACUCUUCAUAAUGGAAAUCACCACAAAGUUCAAGAAUGUAAAGUUAAGCAUCCUCAUCAUUCAUCUCUAAAGGAGGAGGUGUCAGAUGUUGUACGUCAAAAGAAGAAGUAUCUAAAGAAACCUAAAAUAGAGUGUGUAGUAACUCCACAACAGCCCUCUACAGAGCCCUUGCCUGUUAUCAACAAGAGCGACAUUAAACAGUAUGACUUUCACAGUUCAGAUGAAGAUGAAUUCCCACAGGUACCCUCACCAGUAUCAGAAACGGAAGAAGAAAAUGAUCCUGAUGGACCUUGUGCUUUCAGGAGAAGAGCAGGAUGCCAGUAUUAUGCUCCUCGUUUGGACCAAACUAAUUCUUCAUAUGAAAACUCAGAAUUGGCAGAAUUGGACAAACUGAGGUUCAGGCAUUGCCUUACAACCCUUACAAUUCCAAGAAGAUGUAUAGGAUUUGCAAGGAGACGAAUUGGCAGGGGUGGAAGGGUUAUAAUGGACCGAAUAUCCACAGAGCAUGAUCCUGUCUUGAGACAGAUUGACCCGGAAAUGCUGAACAGUUUUUCAAGCUCUUCCCAGACUUUAGACUUUUCUUCUAACUUUUCACGGACCAAUGCUUCCAAUAAACGUUGUGAAAACAGACUGUCCCUUUCUGAAAUACUAAGCAAUAUCAGAUCAUGUCGACUGCAGUGUUUUCAGCCACGGCUACUAAAUCUACAGGACAGCGAUAGCGAAGAAUGUACCUCAAGGAAACCAGGGCAGACGGUGAAUAAUAAAAGAGUCUCUGCAGCAUCUGUAGCUUUAUUGAACACCAGCAAGAAUGGCAUAUCAGUAACAGGGGGUAUCACAGAGGAACAAUUUCAGACACAUCAACAGCAGUUAGUUCAAAUGCAGAGGCAACAACUUGCUCAGCUUCAGCAGAAACAGCAAUCUCAGCAUUCCUCACAACAGACACAUCCAAAAGCACAGGGCUCCAGCACCUCUGACUGUAUGUCAAAAACACUUGAUUCAGCCAGUGCCCACUUUGCUGCAUCUGCAGUGGUUAGUGCACCUGCUCCUAGUCGCAGUGAGGUAACGAAGGAACAAAACAGCAGCCACAACAAUAUUAAUGGUGUUGUCCAGCCUUCAGGAACCUCUAGAACUUUGUACUCCACCAACAUGGCUUUAUCAUCCAGCCCAGGGAUUUCAACUGUACAGCUUGUAAGGACAGUUGGCCACACCACCACAAACCACUUAAUUCCAGCAUUGUGCACAAGCAGCCCUCAAACGCUUCCCAUGAACAAUUCUUGCCUGACAAACGCAGUGCACCUCAACAAUGUCAGUGUUGUUUCUCCAGUCAAUGUGCAUAUCAAUACAAGGACUUCAGCACCAUCGCCAACAGCCUUAAAACUUGCCACAGUUGCUGCCAGUAUGGACAGAGUGCCAAAGGUAACUCCUAGCAGUGCCAUCAGCAGUAUAGCAAGAGAGAACCAUGAACCAGAACGACUGGGUUUAAAUGGCAUAGCAGAGACAACAGUAGCCAUGGAAGUGACAUAACCUCAAACCAGUGUCACAGCCUGGGCUCAUGGUGUAGUCAUUUAUAUUCCAACUGAAUGCAAAACACAGCGCUCUGUGGAUCACAGAGAACUAAAAUGGACCUAAAUGGACUAUCAGUAUAUCGUGUAUUAAGUCGAUAUAUAAUGUAAAUUUUGUAAAAUUGGGAAAAUCACUACCUUGUAAAAUAGUUUAUUUGUAUCAUCAAUAUUAUUUCUGUUACUUGAAUAGUAGAUAUUCAUCAUCAUGCUUUUGCACUUGAAUUUGCAACUGAAUGGAUUAAAAAAUAAUUCUUUAAUGGGAUCAUGAGCAUGAAAUGGGAUCCUGCAUCACUUGUUUUAACUAUUUAUUUUGCCAUGUUUACAUUUUGUAUCUUGUACAAAUAAAUCCAACUUUGUGUCUAAAAAAGAAAAGUUAAAGAUUCAUAGCUAGGAAACAAAAUUCUUGUAAUUUUUUUCUAAAGAAAAUGUAAAGUUUUCACUUGGUUCAUUUUGUUUCACAAUUUGACUAGAUGGACUUUUUGGUAAAUACUUUAGUGGCAUUUCACUGUCAAAUAUGAAGUUCAAGGCAAAAUAGUAUUUUCUAUUACUGUGCAGGGGAAAGGGAUGGAUCGAUACAUGCAAAUUUAAUGUAGUAACUCACUUUUCCAUAUAUUUUGAAUGUAUAUUUCUAUUUAUAAUACCAGUUUAUAAAAAAUAAUUACACAGGAAAAAAAACUGACUAGGAAAAUUAUGCAUCUAGCACAUAUAAAAUUGUGCAGAUACGAGAAAAUUUUCAACUGAUUACAUUUUAUCUGAAGACUGCAUAUUUUAACCGGCUUUAAAACUGUAACACACCACAUAAAGGAUAUUUUACCAGGUAUGUAUUGCAUUAUAUAUCAUUGCAAUAAUUAAUUAUUGGAUGUCUAGAUAUCGAGCCAUCCCAGGUGGUGGGGGGGAGGGAGGGUUGUGGCAAGAUUGUCUUUUCAAUUUUGGAGAGUUUUCCUGUGGCUACAAGGCAAGUAACGGGUUGGAAAAAGUCUGACUGUAAGCGUUGGACACCUUUGUAGUGUAGUGUUUUAGUGACUUUUUUUAUACGGUUCUUGUAAAUUAGAUACGUGUAGUGGUGUUUCAGAAUGUUUGUUUAUGCACUAGUUCAGACAACUUUCCCUGUUACUUGUUCUUGAUAAGUGAAAACUGCAGGGAAAUAAAAAUACAUAUCAAAACAUGGGCAUGUUGCAUAUGUGUUUAUUUGACAAUGUGCAAGCAACUGCAGUAUGAAUUUUGGAGGCUAUUCAUGGUCUUCUGAUGAUUUUGAUCAAAGCUUGUGCACUUUUCUUCCCCAGAGUUUCACUUUAUAUGAUUGCCACCUGUGCUUAUAGUAUAUGGCAGGGGAGGAAUGGUCCGGUAGUUGGGAUGUGAGACCUGGGAAAAAUCAGGAUCAGUUAGUUUCUUGUUCUGCCAAAGAAACUUCUGGUAUUACUUUGGGCAGAUCAUUUGAAUUUUCUGCUGUUUGGGUCUCCACCUGUAAUUUGGAUGAUGUUUCUGUAUUUCUUAAAAUCACAGAAUCACUGAGGUUGGAAGGAACAUCAUGACAUUGUCUAGCCAAGCACCCCAAAGGAAGUCAAGGAAUGAUUUGCACAUCUGUCGUGCAGUCAGUGUAUUUUUCCUCCUGGCUUUUUAUAUGAAGAGCUGUAUUUAUUCUAAGCUGUCGUUAAACAUGUUUUGUCUUAUGUUCUGUAAGUUAAAAGUUCUGACAGUUAAAAACUUGCAGAGCUUUAAAUACUGGGAGCUUGUCAGAAACUCGGAUGUCUAAAAUUAACUACUUUUUGCUUAUCUGAUGCUUUCUAGUCCGUAUGACGUCUGCAAGGAGAGUGAAUGAUUAUAUUUAUAGAGAACAGUCAAAGGAACCUGUGACAUACCAGUCUGACUCCCCUAGAAAUCAUUCUAUAUAUAUGCACAUGACGUUCUCAUAUAUGUCUAAGGCUUUCUGGGUUAAUUUCUGGAAUGACUAUGACCUACGUAGUCUGAAGUAUUAAUUAACUUUUUUUGAAAGCAGAAUUGUUGCAAAACAGAGUCUGAAAAAGAAGUUACUCUCCUUGAUACAUAAAAAUAAUCUUGCUUCUCUAACAUAGCCCAAAACUCUUUUGAGAUUUACUGAAAAUGUGAAGUCAUUUCUUCUGCAGAGUGAAAGUUGUGCACUUAGCAAAUGACAGCUGCUGAGCUCUGUAGUACAGACUCCUCUCCCUGCAAAUGCAGAUCACUUUGAGGCUAAACUGGACCGAAAAUUUCUCUAAGAUUGCUCUGUAUCUAUGACUUGCUAUAGACUAAUCCUCACCUAAUUACUUAAAAAAACCUUUAGCUGGAGCUUCUAACUUUUAAUGGAUUCUGGAAAAAUGUGAGAUGGGGAAAACGAUUUUGUAAACUCCUAAGGCUGUAAUGGUAAGUGUGCCAUAUAUUGAGUUAGAUUUAAAGGAUUAGUAUUGAUGUAACUUUCUGUAAAGUAGAACUCUAAUGGUCAUCUUAAGAAUUUCUAGCAAUUAAUUGUGUGCCUCUAGUGCAAGAAAAGGAGACUGAUGAAGAUUUCUAUGGACUUUUAUUCAUUUUAUAAAAAGAGAGAGAAAAAAUUGAGUAUUGUUAGAAAGUCUGGUACUUUCUCCUGACACUGGUAUACAGCAGGGAGCACCAGUGACUGAGUUACUUUUGUGUGCUCUUUUAAAAGUGUGUUGAGAAUAUGACUUUUUUAAUUCCCCUAUUUGAACAUCAUGCAUAUCUGCAACAUGAUUUCAGUAGUGAUUUCUGUUUAUUACAUAUUAGGCAAUGUAAUUCAGGUAAGAUUUUUGAAUGUAGUUGAUCUACAGCAAUUUAUAUUGAACUUCAAGCGUAACAUGCAGAGUUUUCCUUUAAUGUCAGAUACUAGAAAAAUGAUUCUCUGAUAAGGUUUAUCUAAUUAAUCUAUAGACUGACUGAAGUUUGGGGGUGUGUUUAAUUGUAGGCAUUUUGUUUCUAAUUCUGCUUAGGGCUUUUCCUUGCUUUUCCUGACAUCUAACCAAUAUCAUAUUCUAUUUACAGAGGUGUCCCUUCCCUUUAAUCCUCUACACUAAACCACAUGUGCGGGUUUUCCCCUCCUACCAACAAGCCGACAGUGACUGCAGCCCUUUUGUGGUUUUCAUGAGGCUCUGAUUUUGAAAC